AGAUGGUGAAGCAGGGCUAUACGCCACUCAAGAUGUUCCAAAUGGGCGACGAUUUCUUUACCUCCAUGAAUCUGACCAAGCUGCCGCAAGAAUUCUGGGACAAAUCGAUCAUUGAGAAGCCCACUGAUGGACGCGAGUUGGUCUGCCAUGCCAGCGCCUGGGACUUCUAUUUGCAGAACGAUGUUCGGAUCAAGCAAUGCACCCAAGUCACGCAGAGCCAACUCUUUACCGUGCACCAUGAGCUGGGACACAUCCAAUACUUCCUGCAAUAUCAGCAUUUGCCAUUUGUCUAUCGCACUGGCGCCAAUCCUGGUUUCCAUGAAGCUGUUGGUGAUGUCCUCUCACUGUCGGUAUCGACGCCCAAGCAUCUGGAGAAGAUCAACCUGCUGCACAACUUUGUGCUCGACGAGGAGGCGCGUAUCAAUCAGUUGUUCUUGACGGCGCUCGAUAAGAUCGUAUUCCUGCCGUUCGCUUUCACAAUGGACAAGUACCGUUGGUCGCUGUUCCGCGGCGAAGUGGACAAGUCCAAAUGGAAUUGUGCAUUCUGGAAGCUGCGCGAGGAGUACUCUGGCAUCGAG